AUCAUAUGUAAAAUUAUGAUUUUAUUUGGUGCGCGGUAAUUUUAAAUCCAGUUUCAUUCGACCGCAUGUUGUCAGCCAGAGUGGGUGAUUCAAAUGUGAUUUCUUUAACGUGAAAAAAAAAAUAUCUCUUCAGACAAUGGUAUUAGGAGAGGUCCAAGAGCUUCCCCUGGAAGUGGAGUACAAGAAGAACACAGGAAUCAGCCCCAGCGAUGUCCUAGAGCUGAGGCAAUGGUUGAAAACACAACCACAUUUGCCUGAAAAAUACAUAACAGAUUUAGAUCUCAUUUUAGCCUAUCACUCUUGUGAGAGAAGUAGUGGGGUCACCAAACAAGUGCUAGAUCUUCACUACACUCUACGCACACUCUUCACGAAUUUCUUUAAGAACAGAAGAGUGGAAGACGUGGAACAAAUUUGUAAUACAGCUUUGGUCUGCCCUCUACCGACACGCACAAAAGAAGGUUAUGCUAUUUUUUACUCACAUAUGAUAAACUAUGACCCGAAGUUAUUUGUGUUCAGUGCAGCAGUAAAGGCUACAUUGAUGGUGAUAGAUCUCUGGCAAUAUGAGGAAGGGACUUGGCCAGGAUUUUGUAUGGUAAUAGAUUUCGAAGGAAUGUCUCUGGGGCACCUGGCAAGGAUUGACUUGCAGAGUCUACAACAGUUUUUAUAUUAUUUGCAGGAAACAAUGUUAGUAAGACUAAAAGGCAUGCACUUUGUUAAUGCUCCAUCCUGGGUAGAUAAACUCUUAAUGAUGAUGAAGCCGUUUAUGAAGAAGGAGCUAAUGGAAAUGCUUCGAGUCCAUACUACUGGAUCAAAUACCUUACAGCAGUGGAUCCCCAUUGAAGGUCUCCCAAAAGAUUCCGGUGGGAAUUACAAAACAAUUUUGGAAUGCAAAGAUGACGUAUUAAACAAGUUAAUGGCCAAUAAAGCGUUUUUUGAAAACGAAAACAAUAAACGAGUGACAGAAGCGCUAAGAAAAGGAAAGGCAAAAACUAUUUCGGACAUAUUUGGGGGUAUCGAAGGGUCAUUUAAAAAGCUUGACAUAGACUGAAAAGAUAAAAAAGAUCAGUUAUUUUUUUUACAAUUAUAAAAGGCAACGUUAAUAAUUUUAACUUUAAAUAUAUCUUUAUAUAAAAUUCCAUUGGUGUGAUAUUGAUGCUUGGUACUGUGUAUAUCUUUUAAAACCUUAGGAACUUUUGAGUAAUAAAUUACAUUAAA